AUGCAUAUCGCAUUGAUUUCCAAGAACAAAGAAAAGUUCAUCGAUGGCUCCUUAACCAAACCUCCGAUAGCAGAUCCUUUAUACGACCCAUGGAUUCGAUGCAACACCAUGGUCCUUGCUUGGCUACACCGUUCCAUCUCAGAAGCCAUUGCCAAAUCUGUUAUAUGGAUCGAUAGCGCCGUCGGUGUUUGGAAGAACCUCCAAACUCGUUUUUCCCACAGUGAUCUAUUUCGCAUUUCUGAUAUUCAAGAAGACAUGUACAAGAUGCGCCAAGGUAAUCUUGAUGUCUCAAAUUACUUUACUCAUUUAAAGGUUAUGUGGGAUGAAUUGGAAAAUUAUCACCCUGUUCUUACCUGCUCAUGUGACAUACCUUGUUCUUGUGGUGUUAUUGCUUCAAUUCGGAAGUAUCGUGAACAAGACUGCAUGAUUCUCUUUCUAAAAGGCUUAAAUGAAAAAUUCACACACUCUAAGUCAGAAAUUAUGAUGAUGAAUCCCCUGUCAGACAUUGACAAAACCUUCUCCCUCGUUAUCCAACAAGAACGAGAGAUGUACAGUUCCACUGCUACUAGGCAUCCUACUCCUACUGAUGAGGAACCUGUGGCAUUCCAAAUCCAGACCAACUCAGGAAAUUCUUAUGGAAAACCUAGCUACUUAAAGAGCAAGACUCAAGGUUUUCUUGGUGCUUGUGGCCAUAAUCGUGUAUGCAGUCAUUAUGGAAGAACAAAUCAUACUGUUGAGACUUGUUUCAUGAAGCAUGGUUAUCCACUUGGAUUUAAAGGAAAGACAAAAUUUCAGAACUCUGGAAAUAAUGUACAAUCCGUUGUUGUUGUUACCGCUGCAUCUGAAGUUUCUCCACAUUGUUUGGACAUUUAG